CACUUCAACAAUCAAGUAGGCAACAUCACACGAUGAAUUCGCAUCUCUUUCCCGGACGCACCACACCGGAAACGAUGGUCGGUGGCAUUAGAAAAUGGGAGCAACUUUCGCGCACCACCGUCAACCGUACGUACCGUCCGUUCGACGAAGAGUUUACCGCUGCAGCUGGGCCGGAACACCAGCGAAAAGAUGAGUCGGAAUCGGAUCAAGAACCAUCCUCGGCGGAAGAUCAGUACACCGAGCAGCAGCACUACUCGGAAUCGGAAUUCCAUACCGAGCAGGAGGAGGAAGAAGAGGACUCGACCGAGGAGCCCGCACGUAUUCAAGUGUCCCAGUACCCACCGAUGAACAUCGAACCGGACGGUCAUCUGCUGCACAUCGAUUUCAUUUCCAACCAGCUGGAACGGUUCGUUAUGCCGGGUUCAGGACAAAAUAGAGGACAGCGUCGAACGGCGACGGGUACGCUAGGAAGCGGACACACAGCCAGGAAGCUUCCGGGACAGCAGCACAACAUCUCCUUCAGCCGUGAGCGUGUGCGGGAAAUCGAGCGAACCAAUCAAAUAUUGCUUCGGCGCAUCAUUACGACCCGGCCAACGCUGCAGACCCAAAACAUAAAGCCGGUGAAGCGUAGUAGCUCAACGAACGCUUCGCCAGUGACCAGCGCUGCUACGAAUCGGAGAAAGGCGCAAGAAAGAAUCGCUGCAGAAAAUGAGAUUCUGCUGCGGAAAGUGAACUCGGUUGGGAGUAGCCUAGCAAAGCGUCCAGGCUUCUAAGAACUACUGCAAUCAACUGUCGGGCAAAACGAUGUUCAUCUACAGCAGACUUUGUCGUUUUGGUCUAGCAUCGGUUUUUUGAUGCUGCCAAAUUUAACCGUUCCCUUGAUCCAUUUUUCUAUUGCUUUAUUUCAAUAGAGAUCGGUUUAUACCGUUUAUACCA